AGAUUAGGUAUUUUAUGCAUUUUAGCUGUAAAAACUUUUCCUUAGAGGAUUCUUCCGCUUCCUCUUCUUUGUAUAGAAAACGAGUUUUUAAUUAAAGAUGUUUUUUUCCAUGGAAAAGAAAAUCAAGUAGAUUUUAUUGAUGACACCAAGAUUUUCAUGAAAGAAACAAAAGCAGAAGACACUGACUAGAAAAUGUAAGUUAGCUGAUGAAAGUAUUCUCAAACUUGACCAUUUCACUUCAAGUGGAGGCAAAACUGGAGAAAAGAAAAACAUAUUAGGAGACACUCUUGAAAGCUGAUAAUGCUGAUAGCUUGAGGGUGUUGGCUAAGCAAAAAAAUCAGGCUUCAACCUGAGAGAGAACAAUAUUUCAAGCAAAAUGCUGCUUCCCCUCCCUCAUUACACAUGGUAACAAGCACAUAACCUAUUCCAGAUGAUUUCUUCCUAGUAGCUGUAGUCUGGCAUGAGGGAUCUGUCCCAUGGUGGCCAGCCCCUCUGCUUCCCUCAGGGAAUUCUGCCCACACCCCUGCCUUUACCUCCUUGCACCCACCACUGAACUCACUCUAUAGGCCACUUUUCUACAGGGAGAUUUUACAGGAAACUACAACUGAAGCAAAAAGCGACUGCUUUAUUUUUAAUGAAGAGAGAGAAGACAGCCCUUCUUCCAGAUCUCCUUUUGCUUAGUCUCUGCUGUCUCAAAUCACCAUGCUUCCCCUCCUCAGGUGUUUAUGUUUGCAGUUAAUACCAUCCUUGCUGCCCUGGCUGCAGCCACACAGGACACUGGAAGGAGCAGCAUCUUCUGGGUUUGACCUGAGUCAAAUUACAGUUUUGACCUUCCUCCAAACUACAGGACAGUGGACAGAUUUCAAGCUUACUAACAUGUAAAAAAUUAUUCAGAAUACAUCCUGCCUGCCAGGACGUAAUUUGCUCCUGCUCAGCACCUGCACCUCUCCCUCCCCAUCCGAAACUAUCCCUCCCACCUAAAUUCUCACUCCUUGGGUAUAGCUGGCAAGUAUCUCUUCAUCUUUUGCAGCUGGUCAGCUUUUCCUGCUUGCUUUAAAGGGCUGCUGGGAAGCAGCAGUAGUGGUAUGGCCAUACUGAGGAUCUGAGGGUGACUGUGUUCAGGGGCUAAAUGGACUGCUGCAGGAAAAAAGGCCUAUUCCCAUCUGGGUUUUAAGAAAGAGCCGUGGGCUCCUGGUCUGCCAGGGCAAUCUGGGUGGGCUGAUACAAAGAUGGGAAGUAUGGGAAAUGAGAGGUCUCAGCACUCACUGGUUGUGAACUGCUUUGCAUGCUUCAGGACUCAGCCUCCACUGGUAGAUGUGCUCCCAGGUAUGUUUGAUGCUUUGUUUUUUAUUUUCACGGGAUUAUUUUUUGCAAAGUGCUGCAAGCUUUAGCCACCUGCUGUUUUCUUUAAGUUUUGCAUGUAGUUUUCCUCAAAAAUCGGGAGAGUUGUUUGUCAGUGGGCUCCAGCUUGCCCAGAGCCAGGGCUGCUUGGCUGGGUUCCUGCACUGGUUUGCAGUGUCCCUGGGGUGUAGGGAAGAGGAUCUGUAAGAGAAAAUUGGGCAACCCAGGAGCUUUGCAGAGGAUGGCUGAGAGCUUCCUUGAGUGCAGAAAAGUGCUUUCAGGUCUUUCCUAACCUGCUCCUGGACUUGCUGUGUACAACUAUAGUGUCUCAAUGGGAAUGAAAGUGGAGUAAAAUGGUGGCUUGCAGCUAUCUCUUAGAUCUGUGGCAGGGGAAAACUUGAGCCUUUUUUUCUCCCCAGCAAAAGCAUGUGUUUGCAGGAAUCGCCCUUCUGUGCUCCUUCUCUGAGAUGAAACUGGGGCAUCUCCCCCCUUUAGCUGCAAGCAGCCCCUGUGCUGGGUGGAAGCUGUGGCCUGCCUUAGGUGACUCUCCAAACUCUAUGCUUCCUCCAAAACAUCACCUGCUGUCCCAGUGACAGCUUGCCACACCUCCUUGCCUCUCCGUGCUGGCAGCCAGCCCUUCCCAGAGCGAGAGGGGAUGAGGUACUUGCUUGGAGGGGUUUGCAAUCUGGGUUAGGUAGGGAAAGCUGCCGAGAGCAGUGCCAUCCGGGAGGAGGGUGGGAGGCAGCUCACAGAUGACGAAUCUGUGAGGUUGCCUCUCUGUACAAGGUACGCGUUGCAUUAGUAAUGUGUUUGUAGCAAAUAAUGCUGGGCUAGCAUGGGAAUGUGGGUCACCACUGCCAGAACUGUGCAAGGGAGAGGGAGCUGCUCGUGCCGUGCUGGGAAGAAAACAACUCAUCAAGCACGGCCGGGAGAGGAUAGGGCAAACCAUCAAGGCCUCCGGCUCCAGGCUCUGCUCAUACUUGCUCUUCUUUUUCCAAGUGCUGAACGAGUUGCUUUUUUAAUGGAUCGUUCCCGGAGCCCAGACAAAAGCACCCAGCCUUCAACACCAACUGACAACAUCAACCUUGGACCUUCUGCUAACCCCAAUGCCAAGCCAACAGACUUUGACUUUCUGAAGGUUAUUGGCAAAGGAAGCUUUGGAAAAGUUCUCCUGGCCAAACGCAAGUGUGAUGGGACUUUUUAUGCAGUGAAAGUCUUGCAUAAGAAAACCAUCCUCAAGAAAAAGGAGCAAAAUCACAUCAUGGCGGAACGAAAUGUGUUGCUGAAAAAUGUCAAGCACCCCUUCCUUGUGGGACUCCAUUACUCCUUCCAGACCUCGGAGAAGCUUUACUUUGUGCUUGACUAUGUAAAUGGAGGAGAGCUCUUCUUCCACUUGCAAAGGGAGCGCUGUUUCCGUGAACCCCGGGCCCGGUUCUAUGCUGCAGAAGUUGCCAGUGCAAUUGGGUACUUGCAUUCCUUAAACAUCAUUUACAGAGACUUAAAACCUGAGAACAUUCUCCUGGAUUGCCAGGGACACAUAGUAUUGACAGACUUCGGACUGUGCAAAGAAGGAAUGGAGCAAGAGGAGACAACUUCUACAUUUUGUGGCACUCCUGAGUACCUGGCUCCUGAGGUGCUAAAGAAGCAACCCUAUGACAGGACAGUAGACUGGUGGUGUCUAGGAGCUGUCCUCUAUGAAAUGCUGUUCGGACUGCCUCCUUUUUACAGCCGGGAUGUGUCUCAGAUGUAUGACAACAUUCUGCACAAGCCACUCCAGAUCCAAGGAACCAAGACGGUAGCAGCUUGUGACAUCCUCCAGGGACUCCUCCACAAGGAGCAGAAGAGGAGGCUGGGUGCCAAAACAGACUUUCUUGAGAUAAAGAACCAUGUAUUCUUCAGCCCAAUAAACUGGGAUGAUUUGUACCACAAGAGGAUUACCCCUCCAUUCAACCCCAAUGUGGCUGGUCCAGCUGAUUUGCGACACUUUGAUCCAGAGUUCACCCAAGAAGCAAUCUCUGCCUCCAUCACCCACACACCUGACCUAGCAGCCAGCAACUCCAGUGCCUCAGAUGCAUUUUUAGGAUUUUCUUAUGCACCAACUGAAGAAGACAUCUAAGUUUUACAAAGGCUUUGAGAAGCCAGAUUUUAAAUGAAUAGGUUUUAUGGGGGUUUUUUUGGUUUUGACUGGGUUUUUGGUUUGUUUGUUUGUUUGUUUUCUGUUUGGUUUUUUGAGAGGAUUUUGUCCUUUGCUCAUGGCUUAAGGAAAUUGGGACUAACACACUAACUGGCUGGGGUGGAACAGAGCUCAACUUUUGCUGUUUGGUGGAUUUCCCCCAAAUAUUUCCCUGCCAGGACUGUUUCCCUGGCAGAGAAAGUGGGACACUGAUUAUGGUUUUCCCCCUGAGUGUCUUGUACUACUUGGCAGAAUUGUAUUCACCCUGUGGUUGUAUUUAUGGUUGAGGUAUGUGCCAUCAUUCACAUCAACAGCCAUGUCCCUGUAACUGGCCACCUUUUCCCCCUUUGUUUUUCUUUUUUGUUUUUGCUGGGGAGCUGUGCCCAGCUCUGUCCAACUGCUUUCCCCACCUACUCAAUUGAGAAGGGAAUUCUUCACACAACCAUGAAUAUUGGCUUCCUUCCUUUAAGUAGACUGUGUCACUUAAGCCACUCAUCCUGGGCUGAACUGGGCUGAGGGAAAACUGUUCACCAAUUGUUGCUCCAAAGGCAGCUGCAGGUCUGCGAAUCCUGAACUGCACUGGGGCCUUUGAUGCCAGCCAGUCUCUCCCCAGGGUGAGUGAAUCAUCUCUCUGGGUGAAUUAGGAUGCUGCUGAAGCACUAAGGAGGCUGUUAUGGAGUAGCCAAUGUGUGGGAGGAAUGUCCCAGAUCAAAGGGGUGGGGAAGAGGCUGAAUUGCUUGGAAAAAUAACUCUAUGGCUGAACCCUGCUUGGGGUGGGGGGUGUCUUUCACAGCAUGUGCUUGACUUGCCCAUGACACACCAACACAACUGUGAGGAGCACGUGGAGUACAGGAUAGUGCACAGCAAAGGGUGGCCAGCAGUGCUGCUCCAGGCUCCAGUACUCAUCUGAAAACACCCAUCACUGAUGUAGAACAGUUAUUUAUUCUGCCUUAAUUUAAAUGCUGGUGUAUUCAUUGAAUGUCGCUUCCCACUUUUUCUUUUUUAAGCUGUUUUAUUUUGUUGCUGUGGGGAAAAGAGGGGGAUCUUAGAGCUUCCACUGUAACCCAGGGAUAAACAAGGGACUUUCUGCAAGUUGUGUGGUGCUGUUCAUGCUAUGGGGAAGCUUGUGCUGGAACAUUUUUUUUUUUAAUUGGACUUUAUCUUAUGUAUGCUGAAGUCAUCUAGAAUAUGACAUGGUUUAUAUUAAAGUGCAAACACUGAUGUGCGUCCA